CACAAAGCAGCAGCCAUGCCCGAUCCGGUCAAAGCCCCCAAGAAAGGCUCUAAGAAAGCCGUCUCCAAAGCCACCAAGACCGGCAAGAAGAAGAGGAGAACCAGGAAGGAAAGCUACGCCAUCUACGUCUACAAGGUCCUCAAGCAGGUCCACCCGGACACCGGUAUUUCUUCCAAGGCCAUGAGCAUCAUGAACUCCUUCGUGUCCGACAUCUUCGAGCGAAUCGCCGGGGAGGCUUCUCGCCUGGCGCAUUACAACAAGCGCUCCACCAUCACCUCCAGGGAGAUCCAGACGGCCGUUCGCCUGCUCCUCCCCGGAGAACUGGCCAAACACGCCGUCUCCGAAGGCACCAAAGCCGUGACCAAGUACACCAGCUCCAAGUGAACAAUCACUUGGCUACUCAAAGGCCCUUUUCAGGGCCACCCACAUCUCUAACCGGGCAAUGUUCUACACCCUUUUUUUCCCUCAUUUUGUACACUUAACUAACAUCAUUAGUGAUACAAUGACUGGCAAUAGUGAAUCAAUUCAAUUUACACACAGAGGUGAAGGUGAUGGGGCCAGAUGCGGAAUAUGGCCGCUUCUUCUGCAGUUGCUGCACCAAGCUUGGGCGGAAGACUACACUGACUCAAUCGAGGAAAAACAUUGCCUGCUUAAUAAAUAUAAAUGUGAUCACUUUAUAUUAUUGGAUUAUCCAACAACCACAGACUUGCCAAAAAGUAAUACAGCAUCACUCUAUCAACAAAAUGCUUGAGAAAAUCCACAAAGUGUGCUUCCUUCAUCCAGCUAGACGGGUUUCCUCUUCCUUUGCUGCCACUUGGCCCAUUGUUCAGGAAGUGAUCAUGAAAAAUAAUACACAUUAUUCUCUCCUCUACCAAGUGGAAAU